AUGCAUUUUUUAUUAAUUGCAAUUCUAGCUAUGAUCCACGCAGGCACUUCCCAAGCCGGGACCCUUGAGGUCAUAGAUUAUGAUGGACAUUGUCUGAUAUGGUCUAACGAUAAUUAUGGCUGCACGGGUUACUCGGCGUCUUUUGGCUCUCUUGGUGGAGCUGAUUGUUCAGGUAGGCACCUUCCAUUGAAGCUUAAGACGGCUAUUAACCAAUUCAUAGAGCUAAGUGAGGUCGUUAAGGGCAAUCGUUCCGAAUUGAAUGUGCUCAAUGUCGACGUAUGCGGUACAGAAGACGGCUCGCCUGUAGCCUGGAUCCAGGUGAAUCACACGGGACGGGUCAGCUUUACCAAUAUAAAUGGAAACCAAGCGUCAUGUGUACUCAAUGAUGGAUUGAAGACUGGUAGUUGGUGUGUUACAAUUGAGAAAAAGGACAAAACGAACUCGCACUCCUACUCAUCUACCGGCACUCCAUCUACCGGCACUCCAUCUACCGGCACUCCAUCUACCGGCACUCCAUCUACCGGCACUCCAUCUACCGGCACUCCAUCUGUCAGCGCUCCGAACGACAAACUCCUACGAUCACCAGUGUGUUCAGCACGCCUAAAUGGUCGUCGCUAG